AUGUCUGGUCGGAAUAUCUCAUACGGUCGCGGCGGAGCCGGCAACAUCUCCCGCCAGCAGUCUGCUACCACGCCGAAGGAUCUCGUCACUCCAACCAUCAAGCAAGAAGUCUAUACCACCGGUCGCGGAGGUUCAGGAAACAUGGUUCAGAAUGACCCUGAACGACCAGAGAUCGCUCGUGAAAGUCAAGACGUGGAAUCUCCGCCCUUGCGGGCGCAGCAGAUCCCCCACCAUACUGGCCGAGGAGGUGUCGCAAAUGCCUAUAUUCCGACUGCUGAAGAGGAGGAGCGCGCUCGUCUGCAGGAGGCUGAGCUUAUGCGUGUGCGUACACAAGACAGGGAUCGCAUCAAGGAUAUCGAACACGAGCGACAGGAGUUGCGGAAUCAGGAACCCUCGACCUAG